AUGUCGCUCCACUCGACGCGCAAUGUCGACAUGGGCAAGCAAGAGACGGAGUUGGCCAUCAACAUCCGCAAGGCCACCACUAUCGAGGAGACGGCUCCGAAGCGAAAACACGUUCGAGCAUGCAUUGUCUACACCUACGACCACCGCAGUUCGCAGUCCUUCUGGGCUGGCAUGAAGGUUCAACCCAUCAUGGCCGACGAAAUCCAGACCUUCAAGGCUCUCAUUACCAUCCACAAGGUCCUGCAGGAAGGCCAUCCCAUCGUUCUGAAAGAGGCUCAGGCACACAUCGGCUGGCUGGAAAGUCUGUCGCGUGGCGUCGCAGGUGGUGAUGGCAUGAAGGGAUACGGCUCUCUGAUCUCUGAAUAUGUUUACUACUUGAUCGCAAAGCUCAACUUCCACAGAAACCAUCCCGAGUUCAAUGGAACAUUCGAAUACGAGGAGUACAUCAGUUUGAAGUCAAUUAACGACCCAAACGAAGGAUACGAGACCAUCUCCGACCUUAUGAACCUCCAGGAUCAGAUUGAGACAUUCCAGAAGCUCGUUUUUGCUAACUUUAGAGGCGGGCUGAACAACGAGUGCAAGAUCUCAUGUCUGGUACCCUUGGUACAGGAAAGCUAUGGAAUCUACAAGUUCAUCACCAGCAUGCUGCGUGCCAUGCAUACCGCUCUCGGAGACGACGAAGUCCUCGCACCUCUCCGCGGACGUUACGAUGCCCAACACUACCGCCUGGUCAAGUUCUACUACGAGUGCUCAAACUUGCGCUACUUGACCAGUCUGAUUACAAUUCCCAAGCUGCCGCAGGAUCCGCCAAACCUCCUCGGCGACGACGAGGACAGGCCCGCUCUCCCUGCCAGACCCAAGAAUGAACCUGUCACCAAACCCGCCGAUACACCUCCGCGCCAGCCUUCUGUAGAUCCCGAACCGAUCAACGAGUUCUGGAAGAACGAGCAAGCUCGUCAGCAAGAAGAGUAUGAGGCAGAGCAAAGAAGGCUGCAGGCACAAUGGGACGAGGCUCAAAGACAACAGCAACAGGCUUCUCUGCAGGCUCAGAGAGAUUUCGAAGAACAACAAAGACUACAAGCCGAACAGCAGAGAUUGGCCCAAGAGCAGUUGAUGCGCGAUCAGUACUCGCAACAAACUCAGGGCAGAAUGGCUGAACUGGAGCGUGAGAAUCUCAAUGCGCGCGCACAGUACGAACGCGAUCAGCUCAUGCUUGAGCAAUACGACAGACGCAUGAAGGCUCUCGAGGGAGAACUACAGCAGUUACAAGUCAACUUUGGCCAACAAAACGCCUCCAAGGACGAACAGAUCCGUGCUUUGCAGGAGCAGAUCAACACCUGGAGGACCAAGUACGAGGCUCUGGCUAAGCUUUACUCUCAGCUGCGUCACGAACAUCUCGAGCUUCUUCAGAAGUUCAAGGGUGUUCAACUCAAGGCGGCUUCGGCCCAAGAAGCCAUUGACAGAAGAGAAAAGCUGGAGAGAGAACUCAAGACCAAGAACCUGGAGCUUGCCGACAUGAUUCGCGAGAGAGAUCGUGCUCUUCAUGAUAAGGACCGCUCAACUGGCGGCCACAAGGACGACCUUGAGAAACUUAGACGCGAGCUGCGCUUUGCUCUUGAUAAGGCAGAAAAUGCAGAGAGAUCAAAGGGUUCCGAGCUUUCUUCCCUUCUUUCCAGGCACAACAGAGAGAUUGCAGAUCUCGAGGAGGCCCUGCGCAACAAGACAAGAGCUCUGGAUGAUGCUCAGAACAAGUACGGCGAGCAAGAUUCUGAUCUUGAGAGACUUCUCCGCGAGAAGGAGGAUGAGCUCGAGAUCUUCAAGGCUGGCAUGGACCAGACACUGUUGGAGCUGAAUGAACUCCGCAACGGACAGGGUGAGACAGACCAAGCCCUUGACGAGCAGAUUGACACUCUGCUUCUUGACAGUGUUCGCAAGAUCACUGACAUUAUUGAUUCCGUGCUCCAAAGCGGUGUCCAGCGUGUCGACGACGCUCUCUACGAGUUGGAUUCCACCAUGCAAGCAGGAAACCAAAGUGCUUCUGGUGCCUUUGUUUUGUCGACCAUCGAGAAGGCUGCAUCGAGUGCGAUGGAGUUCUCGACUGCCUUCAACAAUUUCAUUGCCGAUGGACCCAACAGCACUCAUGCCGAAGUCAUCCGCACUGUUCACACUUUCUCCAACUCUGUCGCGGAUGUCCUUUCCAACACCAAGGGACUGACUAGAUUUGCUUCUGAUGAGAAGAAGGCUGAUCAGCUGGUGAAUGCUGCACGCCAAUCGGCACUCAGCACUCUCAGCUUCUUCCGCUCUAUUCAGAGCUACCGUCUUGACGGACUGGAUGAUCUGCAGAAGACUGAUGUCGUCAUCAACAAGAACAACGAGGUUCAGAUUAACCUGAACAGCUUGUCUAAGAUUGCUGAUGCAUUCGCUCCCAAGCACAAGAUUACCUCUGCUUCCGGCGAUCUUGGUGAUCUCGUUGAUCGCGAGAUGGCCAACGCCGCCAAAGCAAUUGAAGCAGCUACUGACCGUCUUACUGCAUUGAUGAACAAGUCCAGAGAUGGAUACUCAACCUACGAGCUCAAGAUUCACGACGCCAUCCUCGGCGCUGCUAUUGCAGUGACCAACGCCAUCGCGAAACUGAUCAAAGCGGCCACCGACUCUCAACAGGAGAUUGUUAAGGAAGGCCGUGGAUCUUCCAUGUCCAAAUCCAAUUUCUAUAAGAAAAAUAAUAGAUGGACAGAAGGCCUCAUCUCUGCUGCAAAAGCUGUCGCUAACAGCACGAAUCUGCUCAUCGAGACUGCAGAUGGUGUGAUUGGAGGUCGUAACUCACCCGAGCAACUGAUCGUUGCAUCCAACGAUGUAGCAGCAUCUACUGCUCAGCUGGUCGCUGCCAGUAGAGUCAAGGCCAGCUUCAUGAGCAAGACUCAAGAGAGACUGGAAGACGCCAGCAAGGCUGUCACCACUGCAUGCCGCAGUCUCGUCAAGCAAGUCCAGGCAAUCAUUGACGCUCGUGCCAAUGGCGAAGAACUCAUUGACUACUCCAAGCUGUCAAAGCACGAGUUCAACAGAUCACACAUGGAGAAGCAAGUCGAGAUCCUGCAGCUCGAGAACGCACUUGGCAGAGCACGAAAAGAUUUGGGCGAGAUGCGCAAGCUCGCUUACCAGGAGGAUGAGGAAUGA